CCAUGGAUGAUUGGGCUGUCGAAGGAAGCGCAGACACAGCCUGAUUGAGUGCAAAAAGCCAGCUCAAUUGGCGAACUGCGCAUGCUGCAGCUAGCUUGUGCAGGCUUUAACCCUCGUGUCUCGCCCCACCCACGGCAUCCCCUACGAGCCCAAGCAGCUUUCUCUCGCCUACGACAACAAUAUUCUCCGGGCCACUAUGUGCUGCACACUUCCGAAAUGUGGACUCUCCACCCGUAUCCAGAUAUUGGCUGUUCUGUCAUUCGCAGUCAUCGCCUUCAUCGGUUGCUUUGGAUGCUGCAUCCUGCCAGACGUCCAAUCCCCUCCGUCUGAGGGCUCAGUGAUCACCGCCAGUAAGAUUCAACACGAAGGUGGGAUCAUGCUCAACGGAGACGUGUAUAACAUGGACAUUACCUCCCGCAGCAUCCAGGUCCUUUGGCAGUACUGGGGUUGCAGGAAUUUCAUUGAUCCUGAGGAUGUAUCGAACACAGUAGGGUUGAACUGGGAGUGCGGGAUGCCCGACGUCCCUGUCGAAUUUUUCAUCGAUGGAGCACCCGAGCCCAAAGGAUCAUACGAUCCUUCGCUGGAAGGAUAUGAUACUUCAAGCUCCGGAACUAGUGUACACCAAGAGAUGGGCUUCAAUACCAAGCACACCAUCCAUGGAGACUUCAUCCUGGGCCAGGACAAGCAGUUCUACUAUCCGUUCGACGUCUUUUUCUUUGAGACGACCGCCGCAGCGUUAAACCCUGAUACCAACGUCUCGAUCCCCAUCAUCCAAAUGACCGUCGACGGCGCGACCAACACCUUCGUUCCACACAUGCGGACCAGCCUCAUGACCCGUUCUCCUGCGAGGGACCCGAUCACCGGCGACUAUAUCGUCUCCCACACCAUCCAAUACGUGCUGAACCGGACGCUCCUUACCAGGGUCUUCGUCAUGGUCCUGUUCACGGUGAACUGGAUCCUCACCUUCGCCGUGCUCUAUAUCGCCGCAUCCGCUUCGACGGGCAUGCCCGUGUCCGAGGGCCUCCUGAUCCUGCCUCUGGGCGUAAUCCUGACGAUACCCUCGCUACGUGCGCUGUGGGUGGACGGGCCCGCGUUCGGUAUUUUGCUCGACGUGCUAGGAACAUUUACGCAGAUGGUACUUAUCGCGCUUGCGUCCGUCUACCUCCUUGUGCGCGUCGCCCUUCGGCAACCGAAGCAGCAGCAGUCCCCGGCUUUCCGACGCGUCGACUCCGAGCAAGCGUCACUGAUGCGAGAUUUAAUGGAAAAUGACACGCCUGCAAGGCAGAGGAGUGAUCAGACAGGCCCUCAGCAACUCACGGUUGGCGGGAGCCCUGUAUGAAUUUGCUCAUAUAAACAACAUACUGCAUACUCCGUCUGUUUGUGCGGUUAGAAUUCACA